AUGAUGCUAGGGUGUCAGGGGUGUUAAGUGACUGCUCUGUCUCGGGGAGGUGGAUUAAAUCGGCGUCGACCCCUUGGGUCUGCUCAGCUGGACAGUAACUGAAAGAUAACUUUUUACAGAACACUUACUCUGGUGAGCUGAGGAAUUUGUGAGGUUUUAUUAUGUGGGCUGCCUGCUGUAACUGGUUGUGUUUAGACACCCAGCCAGAAGACGGGCCGACUGGACGAACACAAGCUUGUGCCAAUCCCAAUUUCAGAACGUCCCCUCCCACUCCAGAGAUUGUCACCUGCAGAGCUUGCAAUAUUGCGAUUCCAUUUCCUUUUAGAAAAAACCCCUGCAUGGAUUGUAGGAAGAUCUUCUGUGCAUCAUGUCUCUCACAAAUGAACAGUGGUCCCUCCCUUUGUCAACUUUGUGGAAGAAUCCGCUCCACUUCUUUCAUACGGGAUGAGCUGAUGAAGUUAAAAGUGAAAGACUUGCGUGAUUACCUGUCCAUGAGAGAUAUACCCACAGAUAUGUGUAGAGAGAAGGAAGACCUAGUUCAGCUUGUGUUGACACAAAAACCUCCAACUGUCCAUACAGAUGUGACCAAUAACUCUCCCUUAACGUCAGAUCAGAACCGAUCCAACCAGAGGGAGAAUAUUGCUCCAACUCCUACGUACCCAUCUCAAGAUUUUACAACAAUAAACAGGAACACAUCUACAAGUCAGCAAGAAAGAUCACACAGACAAACAGAAGCUCAAUCUGAAGAAGAGACACAGUCCACAGACUCUGAUGAAGUACUAGUGCCUGGGCGGAGAGCCUCCCUCUCAGAUAUCAAUAACUUGGAUGACAUUGAAGCACUGUCAGUGCGACAACUGAAGGAGAUUUUAGCUCGUAACUUUGUCAACUACAAAGGAUGUUGUGAGAAGUGGGAGCUAAUGGAACGUGUUACCAGACUGUAUAACGAACAGAAGGGUCUUCAGCAAAUUGCUUUUAUUGCUGAAGAACAAGGGAAGUCUGGUGUAUCAAGCGAUGAUAGCCUGUGUAAAGUUUGCAUGGACUCCCCAAUUGACUGUGUCCUUUUAGAGUGUGGCCACAUGGUGACUUGCACCAAGUGUGGCAAACGGAUGAAUGAGUGUCCAAUCUGCCGGCAAUAUGUAGUACGGGCUGUGCAUGUCUUCCGAUCUUGACUCCCAGACCUACCACCAUUCUGAAGAGAUACAUACCCACAGAAUCUUGGACCAAAAUCAACAGCAAUUAAUAUUUAAUUAUGGGUCAGAGUCUUUAUUGAGACUGAGAGUACAUUAAUGCCACUGUGAUGGUCUGCUUUAAUCUAUCCUGUAUAUUACAAAAAAUAGUAUGGAUUGACUUUCAAACAU